AUGCCGCCAGACUUCGAAUGCUGGCGACGCCACCGGCAACUGGCUGUAGCUGGCUGGCUAGCAAUAUUUUACACCUUGCCGCUCGCUUCGCUCACACCGCUUCAUAUUCAUUUCUACCUCGUUCGAAGCAACAUCAAGCAACAGUUUACUACAAUGACGAUCUCCGUGACUCCAGGGACAGCGUGGUCGACGGAAUCGCAGCCGCGGCUGCCCCCUCUUGCCCCCAAGGCCCCACUACUGCUCACGUCUGACGCCGGUCGCCCUCGCGCAAACAAGGCGGCGGCUCUCGCGGCCAAGAUGGCCAAGAUCCUGGAGGCUGAGGCGGCCGAGAGGGAAAAGGAGAACGAGAACAGGUUCCAAGAGCUCACCGACGAGGAAGCUGCUGUGCUCGAGCAACAGAUCGAGCAGCAAGAGGCACUCGUUGCUGCAGCCUAA